AUGCAAAAAACUGUCCUUCACAAGCAGGUCCAAGCAAUCCAACUCCAAAGUACUCCUACACAUGUGAAUCAAUAUCCUAUGACUCAAGAACAUGUAAAUCAAGAGCAUGUGAUUCAAGAGAAUGUCCCUGUGAAUCAAGAACAUGUGAAUCAAGUACCAGUCAACCAAGAUCCUGUGAAUCCAAUACCUGUUAACCAAGUGCCUGUGAAUCUUGGUGUUAGAGUGCCUACGAGCCUUGGUGUUAGAGCAAGGAAACCUUUAGAGAGAAUCAACAAGAUACAAAUUAGGAAGUAG